UUUUUCUAUAUUUUUCUACUUCUCAAGCUCAAUAAAGGUUCUUUUAGUUUUUUUUUCUUUUUUCUUUUUUGUGUUCUAUUGUAAAAUGGGAAGUUUGUAUUUUUUUUUAGUUCCACUCCCUACUCGUGGAUUUGUUUAAAUGUCGAAGAAUGAUAUUCAAGAUUCAUCUGGACCUACCUUUAAUUUUAGCAAAGAAAAAAAAAUAGUACUCCUUCCGUUUCAAUUUAUUUGUCUGAUUUUUGACUUGACCAAAGUAGGCACAAAGUUUAAGAAAGUGGCCAAAAAAAAAUUCUUGUAGUUGUUAACUAAGGAUAGGUAGAUUGUAGCAAAAUUCUCCUUAAUCUUGUGGUCUUAACAUAUCAUGUGAAAAUUUUAGAACUAAAGAGUUCUGAAAUAAGGAAACAAGCAUUCCUUUUUUAAAAAGACUAAAAAGGCAAGUAGAAAAAACAAAUUGAAACGUUAGGAGGAACAUUUUUUUUUUUUUUGCCAACUAAUUAGCUUUUUAUUACCAAAAUUGGAGUUAUGUACAGGGAAAAAAAAAUGUCAUUGUGAGCAACAUGCUCCACAUCCCAGUCAUCCUAAUUCUAAACAACAAUAAACAAAAUACAGAAACCAAUAAAUUAACUCUGCUAAACUGGGUAGAAAUUCAGUUUCUCAGGCCACUUAGCAGUUCUUGCAUCUUGUCUUGAAACACACAGUUCUUCUCUCUCCAUAUGUAGUAAACAACAGCCACCAACACCAUCCUAUACACUUCAUCCCUUGGGCACUUCCCGUUUGCAUUUUGAGUUGCCUAGUUUAACUCAGCAUCCCAAUCCCCUGGUGUUCUUGUAAUGCGACCUGAAAAGGUAAUUAAUUUUCCAGAACAUAGUUCAGAUUUGACAAAUAGAAAAUAGUUGUUGGAAUGAUCUAUCAGAAACAGCCUAUCUACCCCACAAAGGUAGAGGUAAGAUCUACGUCUACUUGUGGGAUACACUGGGCAUGUUGUUCUUGUAGUUGUUGGAAUGAUCUUUUUAUUGUUUUGUUGGAUUCAGUACUUCAGUAAGCUGUUCAGGCAACUCAAAAGCAGGACAUUCAUUCUCUGAAAGGACAAGAAAGCUCUAGGUAUUUCCUCUUUACUUGGAGAAAGAUGGCCUUUAACUCUCGAAGUUCAUUACCACAUUCCGAACGGUGGGAUUAUGAUGUCUUUUUGAGUUUUAGAGGAGAAGAUACUCGUAAGACCUUUGUGGGCCACCUUUAUAGAGAAUUAAGUCGAGCUGGAAUCAAUACCUUCAAAGACGAUGAAACACUAAAAAGUGGUGCAUCCAUCUCACCUCAACUUGUGAGUUCCAUAAAACGGUCAAGGUUUUCCAUUCUCGUGUUCUCAAAGAACUAUGCUUCAUCCAAAUGGUGCUUGGAUGAGCUAUCAAAGAUCAUAGAAUCUAGACAUAAACUUGGGCAGGAAGUUGUACCAAUCUUUUAUGACAUAAGUCCAUCGGAAGUACGCUCCCAGAGAAAUAGUUUUGCUGACGCCUUUUCCAGAUAUGAGGAAGAUUUCAAGGGUGACACCAAGAAGGUGCAUAACUGGAGGAAUGCUUUAUAUGAAGCAGCCAAUUUGGCUGGCCAUGAUCUGCAUAGCAGUACUUACAAUGGAAACGAGUCUAUGUGCAUUCAACAUAUUGUGAAAGAGAUAUCUAAUGAGUUGUGCCGAAAUUCAAUGAGCAGUGGCAAGCUAGUGGUAGCAGAAUCACAAAUUCGAGCUGUAUGUUCACUGUUGAUGAUGGAAUGUGAAGAUGUUCGAUUUAUUGGGAUUUCAGGGAUGGGUGGUAUUGGGAAGACCACCAUUGCAAGAGCCAUUUUUGACAGGUUUUCUCAUCAAUUUGAAGGUGCUUGUUUUGUUGCAAACAUCAAAGAAAAUCAAGCUAAACAGGGGUUGUUGUCUUUGCAAAAGAAUCUGGUUUCGGAGGUGUUGACAGUUGAAUCUGUGAAUAUAGCUAAUGAAUAUAGUGGAAUUGACUUGAUAAGAAAAAGGCUUGGUUCUAAGAAGGUUAUAGUAGUUCUUGAUGAUGUGGAUCACCAAGACCAGUUGGAUGGUUUAGCUGGAGACCGUGAUUGGUUUGGUAAAGGCAGUAGAAUUAUUAUAACAGCAAGGGAUAACCACUUGCUUUGGAACUGUUGUGAAAUUUAUAAGCUCUCUCAACGGGUGGUGCAGUACGCUGGUGGCCUUCCCCUGGCGCUUAAAGUCUUAGGAUCAUUCCUUUUUGGACGGAGCAUGAAACAGUGGAGAAAUGCACUAGAUAAACUGAAAGAUACCCCAAAUGAUGAAAUUAUUUCAAAGCUUAGGAUAAGUUAUGAUGGGCUGGGGGAUGCAGAGAAGCAAGUUUUUCUAGACUUAGCAUGUUCCUUUAUACCACCUCCUGCUUUAAUUAGAAAACUGCACCCUGAAAUUACAAUAGAUGUCCUGGUUGAGAAGUCCCUCCUUUUUGAGUCAUCAUUUGAAAGGAUUGGAAUGCAUGAUUUGAUUCGAGAAAUGGGUCGUCGUAUUGCACUGCAAGAAUGCCCGAGGCAUCGGAUAUGGCUUCAUGAAGAUAUUGCUGACGUGUUAACUGAAAAUAAGGGCAGAGAAGCAGUAGAAGUCAUACAAAUCCCUUUGAAGUCCAACUCAGAGGAAGAUAGUAUACACCUGAGCAAUGAAGUCCUCAGACAUAUGAAGCGAUUAAGAAUAUUUCUAUUACCGCCUCAUAAGAACUUCAUGCAUUUGUGCGCUCAUGAACCUAUAAAUUUUCUUCCUAACAGCUUAUGCUGGUUUGAUUGGUCAUAUUAUCCUUCACCAUCAUUGCCAAAAGAUUUCGGACCACCGAAACUAGUGGGUCUUAUCAUGUGUCGCAGUUAUCUGGUUAACCUUUGGAAGGGGUCAAAGCAUUUAAACAGGUUGACUCUUCUUAAUUUGAGUGACUCCCAAAAACUGAUGCAAAUUCCAGACCUUUCUGGGUCUCCAAAUUUGGAGAGGCUAUUCCUAAGUCGCUGUACUCAGCUCGUAGAGGUCCAUCAAUCUGUUGGAGCCAUCAAAAAGCUUACUUUUUUAGAUGUGGAAGGUUGUGAAAAACUUGAAAGGCUUCCAGCUAAGUUUCAAUCGGGGUCUCUUGAAAUUCUAAAUGCUUCUGGUUGUCGGAGUUUGAGAAGAUUUCCUGAAAUUCAGCAAAAUGUGAAUCGCUUAUCAGAACUCAGGCAGCCAUACUGUGGUGUAUCAACAUCAUCAUUUGAACAUGUCAAUGUCGCGAGCUUUCUAGAUCUGAGAGGCUGCAUUCACAUUGAAACUCUUCCUAGCAGCAUUUGCAGGUUGAAGAAUUUGAAGUUUCUUUACCUCAAUGGCUGUUCCAAACUAAAAAACUUGCCAGAAAACAUUGGUGAUCUAGAAAACUUGGAGGGGCUUGAUGCAAGUGAAACUGCCAUCUGGCGCACCCCUAACUCCAUCAUACGCUUGAGGAAACUGAAGUUCCUAUCUUUUCGGAAAGUACCCAGGAUUUCUCCUGUGAGAGAUUUAUGCAGCUGGGGAUGUUUUGCCCAAUAUGAUUUGAACUUUCAGUUGCCCAGUGUGUUAUCAGUCUUUUGCACACUUGAAAGACUGGAUCUUAGUGCUUGCAAUUUAUUUGAUGGCACUGUUCCUGAAGAUCUUGGAUGCUUGGCCUCACUAUUAGAGUUAAAUCUGAGCAGAAAUGGCUUUACCUAUUUACCUAAAAGCAUUGCGCAACUUAACCGCCUUAAACUCCUUGACGUAACCUAUUGUGAAAAGCUUAAAGAGCUGCCAGAGCUUCCUCCAAGUAUAGUGAAUCUGUUUGCUGAUGACCGCUUUGCUUUGCAAAGCAUUCAAACACUACCAACCAUGUAUAAAAAGUUGUACUUGGUCUCCUUCGCUAACCGGAAGAUGCACGAGAUGUGGUGUGCUUCUCGCGGGGAAAGUUCAUGCUUAAAAAUGGAAAAUUGUCCAAGGGAAAAUAUGAUUGACAUGCUCCAAGAUAUUCUCCCUAUAUUUUUCUCAAUGCUGCAGCUAAAGUCGCAAUUCGACUAUAUGUGGAAAUCUUUUUGUAUUGUCCUCUCUAGACAUGCUCCACGUGAUAAGGUUCCCAGGUGGUUCAAGUAUCGUGAGACACGGUCAACGAUGAUUUCCAUCAAACUGAAGGAACACUGGUAUAAUGAUAAGUUUAUGGGAUUUGCUCUGUAUUGUCGGUUUCCUUCCUUAAUUGAUUGCCCGCCAAGAUAUAACCAAUAUCGGCAAUCAGCUUUCUGUCACGUCUGGGGUACAACAGUCAAAACUAAAUUGGUACCCAAACAUGCUGCUAUGGGUCGACCAACACUUGAAAAUUUUGUUAAUAUGGGGGUAUCAAGUGCAGUUUCAACUGAUUUUCAGGACUGUUUGGUUUUUUGUUCUUUAAAAUUGGAUAAGAUGGAGGAAUACUUUAAAGGAAAAGGAAAAGACCCUCUUUUGGUAAUUAAUCCAAAUGACUACUGUAGAUUUGAGGCAUCUCUAGAUGGUCGAAUAUCAACAAAUUGGGGAAUUCGUCUUGUAUAUGCAGAUGAUAUUGAGGUAAUGAGGUUGAAAUGGACAAGGAAAUUUAAGAUAGAUUCCUUUUCGUAUCUCGCUGGAGAUAAAGAAUUUAUCCCGGGGAUUGAUGAGAGGCUGGGACGACUUCUAGUACCACAGGAAAUUGGCUUUUUAAUGUGGAGACUUCUUUUUGAUACUUUGCCAGUCCUGCCAACAUGUCCUAGAUGCUUGUCAUUCACUGAAGACUUUAAUCAUGCAUUCUUGAAUUGUAAAUACUCACAGCUUGUCUGGGUAGGAUCAAGAUUGGGCCUAAACUUUGAAGUUGGGAACCCAGUUCCAGUUCAAGAAUGGCUGACCACCUGGAUUUCAUCAGCUCCUCAAGAUGAGGAUGUAAGUUUCGCUUUUGCUGUCCUAUGGGCGAUCUGGAAGCACAGAAACAAGGUGGUACAUGAAAGAGCCGUUUUUGUUCCCUCAGAGGUUAUCUCCACUGCCAUCGAAGAACACUCAAGGUUUCCGAAUUCUAAAUCCAGAGAAGAAGAAGCUCUCAAGGAGGGGCCUAGAGAAACAGCCGUGGAUCUUAAAGCUCUCUUUGUUGAUUUUGAUGUACAGCAAGACGAUGACAUGCUAGUAAUAGAGGUCAAGGGAGCUUGGAAAGAGGGAAAAGAAUGGGCUGGAGUGGCGUGGCUAGCUUUUAACAAGCAAGGGGUUAAAGUGGCAGCAGCUAGAAAAUCACUGAAGGUCAUAAGUAGAUUACAUGCAGAAGUACAUGCCUUUGAUUAUGCAAUGAGAUGGGCUGCUACUGAAGUUUCUAAAGUCAUAAUUUUGUCUGACAACGGCGCCUUGAUUGAGCAACUUCUAUGUGGGGGAAGCUGUUCAGAUCAAGACAUUGUCUAUAUGUUGCGUGAAUUUCUGGAAUUGAUGAAAGAAGAAGAAAUGUUCUGGAAAGUUGUUAAAGUACCCAGUUAUGCAGUGUCAGCUGCAAAGAGGGCGGCAAAAAUGGCCAUGAAGACUUACAUGGAUGUACUAAACUCUGUGAUUUGGUGAUCAAGUUCAAAGAGCUUGGGCUUGUUAUGAACCUUUUUGCUUCAUUAGAGAGCUUUAUCUCAAGAAAAGUUGUUUCUUCAAUAAUGACUUAAUGGGGUAUAGAGCAUCCGUUUUUAUGUAAACAAAAAAGACCUAAUCAAGGAUCAAGCUAAAAGGAUACUACAUUAAUUUUGUUUGCACGUGAACGUAAUCUUCGGAGAUAGCAGGUAAUUUAUGCAGGUUUCUUCUAUUUUUUACAAAA